UAGGAACCUUUUUAAAACGGAACCUCCGACGAUGGUUCAGAAACAAGAGACUGUUGACGAUGUUGCACAGUUAGGAAGUGUGCGAAAACAUAAAGCACAAUGCAAAUCUAGCCAACGUUAUUUGUUCUAUAGUAUUUCAUUUAUUUUUUUAUAUAUAUAUAAAUCUUUCACGUGAGUGAAAAUAAAAGCAGAGCCUCAACAUGUUCGCCGGGUUACCAGAGCUCGGGAUAUCCAACGGCGAAGAUCUGAAAGAAACUCUCACAAACUGUACAGAGCCUCUGAAAGCCAUCGACCAGUUUCAGACGGAAAAUGGCAUAUUGUUGCCAACCCUACAGUCUGCGUUGCCUUUGGAUCUUCACGGCACUCCACGGCUGGAGUUUCACCAGUCGGUGUUUGACGAGCUCCGAGAUAAGCUGAUGGAGCGGGUUGCUGUCAUCGCAGAGGGCAAAGAAGAGGACAGAUAUGUUAAGCUGGAAGAACUUCUCGAGAAAAGCUUCCCAUUGGUGAAGAUGCCAUCCAUACAGCCUGUUGUUAUGCAAGUGCUGAAACAUCUGCAAAAGGUGCCUGAGAAGAAACUAAAGCAGGUGAUGGCUGAUAAAGAGCUGUACAAAGUCUGUGCCGUGGAGGUGAAACGGCAGAUUUGGCAAGACAAUCAGGCUCUUUUCGGAGAUGAAGUGUCUCCUCUGUUGAAGCAGUAUAUUGUGGAGAAGGAGGCGGCUCUCUUCAGCAGCGAUCUGUCCAUCCUACACAAUUUCUUCAGUCCCUCACCCAAAACCCGCCGACAGGGCGAGGUAGUGCUGAAGUUGACUCAGAUGAUUGGGAAGAAUGUGAAGCUGUAUGAUAUGGUGCUGCAGUUUCUGCGGACGCUGUUCCUUCGCACGCGCAACGUGCAUUAUUGCACCCUGCGAGCCGAGCUGCUCAUGUCCCUUCAUGACCUGGACAUCAGCGAGAUCUGUUCAGUCGACCCCUGUCACAAGUUUUCCUGGUGUUUGGAUGCCUGCAUCAGGGAAAAGUUUGUGGAUGCUAAAAGGGCACGAGAAUUACAAGGCUUCCUGGAUGGGGUGAAGAAAGGACAGGAACAAGUGUUAGGUGACCUCUCUAUGAUUCUCUGUGAUCCAUUUGCCUGCAACACGCUCGUAUUGAGCACAGUGAGGAACCUUCAGGAGCUAUUGAGCCAGGACGCCCUGCCCAGAGACAGCCCUGACCUCCUCUUGCUGCUGCGGAUGCUUUCUCUCGGUCAGGGCGCCUGGGACAUGAUUGACAGCCAGGUGUUCAAAGAGCCACGAAUGGAUAUGGAGGUGGUAACGCGCUUUCUGCCUGCCAUGAUGUCGAUAGUGGUUGAUGACUACAUGUUCACUGUGGAGCAGAAACUUCCCAGUGAGGAGAAGACCUCUCUUAUAUACCCCAACACCCUGCCUGAUACGUUCUCCAGGUAUUUACAGGAAAACAGGGUGGCGUGUGAGAUAGGCCUUUACUAUGUGCUUCACAUUGCUAAAUUGAGGAAUAAGAAUGCUCUGCAGAGGCUUCUGCCUGCAUUGGUGGAUACCUAUAAUGACAUGGCAUUUGGAGACAUCUUCCUUCAUCUUCUCACUGGCCAUCUGACUUUACUCUCUGAUGAAUUUGGAUCAGAGGAGUUCUGUGCUGCUGUCUUUGAUAACUUCCUUCUCACCUCUUUCUCAAGUAAGGAGAAUGUUCACAGACACACUCUUCGCUUGUUGAACCACCUCCAUCAGAAGGUGCUGCCGUCCUACAUUGAAACUUUAAUGAAAACACUUGAACCACCAAAACAGAGCAGUGAUCCAGUGAAGGAACUUUACACCCUCUUAAAGGAGAAGCUUGAGGCCUCCAAGAAAAGUCCCCCAGAACCAGAAGAAGCCCCCUCUUUGGAUCUCGGCCUUCAUCCUGUUUCUGUGCCCCCCACGCCUUCUACCCCCACCACCCCACUGUGAGAGAGACUGAACGCCCGUGCAAUUAUAGAGUAGCAACCUAGUUUAAAGCCCAAGAGCAGCUAUCUUUAUAUGGAUAUUAACUAACAGCAUAAAGACAUUAACACUUUACUGUGUUAAAUAAUGUGCUGGCUAUGAUUUUUCUUUUAUAAGGGUCAUUCUAAAAGUAUUUUGUGGGUUAAGCGACUUUCAGUUUCUAUUCUUGUUCUAAGACAUUGUCGUCUUAUUCUUUUGCUGAAUGAAUUUAUUUUUAAAUUAUGGUUGAAUAGGUUGUGUUUUGGAUUUUGUCAGUAAAGAGCCCACUUGUUUUAGGUCUUGGGUUUUCCUGCUGGAGGGAUUUUGGUACAUUUGCCCAAGCCAGAAAUUGUAAAAAAAAUGAUAUAAUUGAAAACCAGAAAAUAUCAGUGAAUUGUAAUACAACCUUCAAAAAUCACUGAAAAGCCAUGCUGUCCUUGCAUGCAUGCUGGAAAUUGUUUGGAUUUUGGGUAUUACCCACAAAUAACCACAAAGAUAUUUAUAUCCUCUCAAAAACUGCUAAAAAUUGUUUACUUU